CGUCAGGCAACACCUCGUAAAUCAGUUAGAGAGAGAGAGACAGAGAGAGGGAAGGAAUGUCUUUCCAAAGAAGAACAACCACCCAGAGUGCGUGCGUGAGCGUGUGCGCCAUCACGACUCAGUCCAUUUGCUCAUAUCACCUCUCUUCUUCAUUGACUGUCGCCGUUCCCUUCAAAUCGUGAAUUCCAAGAAGAAGAAGAAGAAGAAGAAGAAGAAAUAAAGCUAGGUUUUUUUUGGCCGCCGGCGACUGUUUCACCUUUUUGCCGCCGGUUAAGGAAGCCUGUUGGUCAAACCCUUCCAAAGGACCCACCUUUCUUACCCUUUUUCGCGUUUUUCAAUCCAUCUGUCCUAAUCCUUAUCGCGUUGAAAAAAUAAUCUUAGAGAGAGAGAGAUGUAUGGAGUGCCGCCUCCACAUCAGCGUGCGGUUUCGGCCACCGGAACUGCCGAUGCAACGGCGGCGUCGCUCCGCGCUUACGAGACCUGGAAAGGAAGCAACGUAUUUCUUCUUCAGGGGAGAUUCAUAUUUGGACCUGAUGCGAGCUCACUUUUCUUCACGAUAUUCCUUAUAGCUGCCCCAGUCGCCGUUUUCUGUGUUUUUGUUGCCAGAAAACUCCUGGACAUUUCUCAUCAUUUGGGAAUAUUAAUAAUGGUGGUUGUAGUUGUAUUGACAUUAUGGGACUUAGUACUUCUUCUAAUGACCUCUGGGAGAGACCCUGGUAUAGUUCCUCGUAAUGCUCACCCUCCAGAGCCCGAAAAUUAUGACGGAAAUGCCGAAGUUGGGACACCACAGUUUCGUUGGCCUCGCGUAAAGGACGUACUUGUCAACGGCAUAACAGUGAAGAUCAAAUACUGUGAUACUUGCAUGCUUUAUCGACCUCCUCGUUGCUCACACUGUUCAAUAUGCAAUAACUGUGUCGAACGGUUUGACCAUCACUGCCCUUGGGUUGGACAAUGCAUUGGAUUGAGAAAUUACCGAUUCUUCUUCAUGUUUGUCUCCUCAUCAACCCUUCUUUGCAUAUAUGUGUUUGGGUUUUGCUGGUUUUACAUCAUCAGGAUCAUGGAUAGUGAGAGAACAUCAAUCUGGAAAGCGAUGAUUAAGACUCCUGCUUCCAUUGCACUCAUAAUUUACACCUUCAUAGCAGUCUGGUUCGUUGGUGGCCUAACUAUAUUUCAUCUUUACCUCAUCAGUACAAACCAGUCCACUUACGAAAACUUUAGAUACCGAUACGAACGCAGAGACAACCCAUAUAACAGAGGGGUGAUUGGGAAUUUCAAAGAGAUUUUCUGGACCAGUAUUCCUCCUUCUAAGAACAAAUUCAGGGCAAAGGUGCCAAAGGAGCAGGAAAUUCCGUCUCGUACGGUGAGUAGCAGCUUUUCUGGCCCGUACAUGCAAAAAAACAUGGUUGAUAUGGAAAUGGGAAGAAAGCCCGGUUGGGAUAACAGUGCUGUCGACGAUAAUGAUCUCGAAGGACAAUUCAGCAGUGAUGAGGCCAAGGAGAGUGAAUUUGACAAUGCAUCUCCUGCACCUGAUUUAAGCAGGAAUCUUCUUGCUGAAAGUGCAGAGGUUCAAAAUACGCUUCUUCCAAGGCGAUCCAGUUGGGGAAGGAGAAGUGGGAGUUGGGACCUACCAAGCGAAAUUCUCACCAUUUCAUCUCAAGCUGGGGACUCGAAUCGGAUCAGUGGAGUAAAUGGAGGGAAUUUGACAGAGUGUAGUCAAUAACAGAUGAACUCUUUCAUCUUUGUAAAAUAAGAAUAUAAAGUGGAGUUAACCACGAGUUAAAAGAACCAUAAGAGAAAAUUGGUUUUUAAAAGUUGAUGCUAGCCAUUGUUACUUUGUGCUUUUAUGUGUAUAUGACUCUGGAAAUGCUAUGAUGUUUGUUUCUUCUAUGGCUAUUUUUUCUUCUGUUUCUUUU